GCGGCGGCGGCGAGGCAGGGAGGGCAGCCCGGAGGGCAGCGGCCCGGGCCCGCGUGUGUGGCCCUCUCUCGCGCCCCAACACCGCGCGGGCUGUGCCCGGGUUCCUCCAAGCACGCAGCUAUGGUGGGCCGGCUGAGCCUGCAGGAUGUCCCUGAGCUCGUGGACACGAAGAAGAAGGGCGACGGCGUCCUGGACAGCCCGGACUCGGGACUGCCCCCAAGUCCUAGCCCCAGCCACUGGGGGCUCGCGGCGGCGGCAGGCGGAGGUGGGGAGCGCGCUCAGGUCCCAGGGACGCUGGAGUCCGACACGGCGGCGACCCCCGCAAUCCUGAGCCCGGCAUCUCUGACUUCCUCACUGGCUGCCAACUGCUCACCACGACUCUGUCCCCUGUCCUUCGGCGAAGGAGUCGAGUUCGACCCCUUACCACCAAAGGAAAUAAAGUACACUUCCUCAGUCAAGUACGACUCCGAGCGACACUUCAUUGAUGACGUGCAGAUGCCCCUGGGCCUGGUGGUAGCUUCCUGCAGCCAGACAGUCACCUGUAUCCCCAAUUGCACUUGGCGAAACUAUAAGGCCGAAGUGCACUUCGAGCCCCGCCACAAGCCAGCGCGCUUCCUCAGCACCACCAUUGUCUACCCCAAGUACCCCAAGACCAUCUACACCACCACUUUGGAUUACAACUGCCGCAAGAAGCUGAGGCGGUUUCUGUCCAGCGUGGAGCUCGAGGCCACAGAGUUCCUGGGUAGUGACGGGCCCUCAGAUGAAUGCUGACUCAGCUCGCUACACUGCCCUGGUCCCCAGACCACCCUGGACAAGCUGGGUAACAUUGUUCUCUUGCACAUCACCCCAGCCCCAGGAGUCUAACCUGGAGACGUCUCUAAGCCUAGCCGGGGGAAGAAGAUAAAAAAAAAAAAAAAAAUCACCGCAUCUUAUGAUAAUAGAGAAACUCGGCUUCGUUUAAAUUCUUUCCAGAUAGUCUUUUUAAAGGAGCAUGCAUAUAUAACUUCUGGUUGGUCAGUGCAGUUUCCCCAAAGGCUCAAUUUGAUAAGGAAAUAAAAAUAGG